GUCCAAGCGAUCGGUGAAAACGAAAUUGAGCAGACAAAUUAAUACAAAUAUAUUUAUACAUACAAACACACAUACGUAUAUAAAUAGCUAAUACAGCUCUCAUAUAGUUGGUGUCUAACAUUUUGAAGAUGAACAAAAACGUCGGCUUUGUUGAGCGGCUGCGUUGGCGUUUGAAAACAAUCGAGCAUAAAAUCCAACAGUAUCGUCUGACCACAAAUGAGGCGGUCGUCACCGACACGGAGUACGGCAAGGUGCGGGGCGUAAAGCGCCUGUCCAUCUACGAUCUGCCCUACUUUAGCUUUGAGGGCAUACCCUAUGCCCAGCCGCCAGUCGGGGAGCUGCGGUUCCGUGCGCCGCAGCGACCCACGCCCUGGGAGGGCGUGCGGGACUGCACGCAGCCCAAGGACAUGGCAGUGCAGGUGCACUUCGUCUUCGACAAGGUCGAGGGCUCCGAGGAUUGCCUCUAUCUGAAUGUCUACACGAACAAUCUGAGUCCCGCCAAGCCACGCCCAGUUAUGGUCUGGAUACACGGCGGCGGCUUCAUCAUUGGCGAGGCCAAUCGCGACUGGUACGGCCCGGACUACUUCAUGAAGGAGGAUGUCGUGCUGGUCACCAUUCAGUAUCGUUUGGGUGCUCUAGGCUUCUUGAGUCUGAAAACUCCUGGCUUGAAUGUGCCGGGCAAUGCGGGUCUCAAGGACCAGGUGAUGGCUCUGAAAUGGAUCAAGAACAACUGCGCCAGCUUUGGUGGCGAUCCUGAUUGCAUAACGGUAUUUGGCGAGAGUGCCGGAGCUGCCUCCACGCACUACAUGAUGCUGACGGACCAAACGCAGGGACUCUUCCAUCGUGGCAUCCUGCAGUCGGGCAGCGCCAUCGCGCCCUGGGCCUUCAAUGGCGACAUUACGUCGCGCGCCUUCAGGAUUGCCAAGCUGGCGGGCUACAAGGGCGAGGACAACGAGAAGGAUGUGCUACAGUUUCUGCAGACAGUGCGCGCCAGGGACCUGAUACGCGUGGAGGAGCAGGUGCUGACGCCCGAGGAGCAUGCGAACAAGGUGAUGUUUGCCUUUGGCCCCGCACUGGAGCCAUAUGCCACGCCCGAGUGCGUCCUGCCGAAGCAUCCGCUCGAUAUGAUGAAGACCGCGUGGAGCAACUCGAUACCCAUGAUGAUAGGCAACACCUCCUACGAGGGUCUGCUCUGGGUACCAGAGGUCAAGCUGAUGCCCCAGGUGGUGCAGCAGGUGGAAUCAGGCACGCCCUUCGUUCCCCGCGAGCUGGCAGCGAUCAACAGCGAAAAGGUCAGCAGCUGGGGCCAGAAGAUACGCAGCGCUCAUUUGACAGGCGAGAAGGCGACUCCUGAUAAUUAUAUGGAUCUCUGUUCCAUAUAUUAUUUCGUCUUUCCUGCGCUGCGCGUGGUCCGCUCUCGACACGCCCAUGCCGCGGGCUCGCCGGUAUACUUUUAUCGCUACGACUUCGAUUCGGAGGAGUUGAUAUUCCCGUACCGUAUCAUGCGUUACGGCCGUGGAGUAAAGGGCGUCAGCCAUGCGGACGAUUUGACGUAUCAGUUCAGCAGUCUCCUGGCACACCGGAUGCCGAAGGAGAGUCGGGAGUACCGCAACAUUGAGCGUACGGUGGGCAUCUGGACACAGUUUGCGAAGACCGGCAACCCGUACAGCUCGGAGAUCAAUGGCCUGGACAUGAUUACCUGGGAUCCGGUGCGGAAGAGCGAUGAGAGCAUCAAGUGCCUGAACAUUAGCGAUGAAUUGAAGUUUAUUGAGCUGCCCGAAUGGCCGAAGCUGAAGAUCUGGGAGAGUCUCUACGAUGAUAACAAGGCGCUGCUGUUCUAACUAACUACUGCCAUAACUAAC